UGUUGUGUGAUUUGCCUCAGAAUAACGCAAAAUUAGAAAACACAAUACAAAUGAAAACUAUAUGCAAUCAAUGCUAGAUGUUUAGAGAUGUUUCAGUAUGCCCUCUGAAAGUCACCAUUUAGAACUGCAGUCUUUGGAGCAUUUUUUAGACCAUAUGCUGGUUUUUAUCAUUAUUUUUGGCUAUAAGUGAAGAUUUAAUUGGGCUAUACCUGUGUUAUUUCUGUUAUUGGUAUGUAGAGUAUGUCAUUUUCAAGGUCCAAGCGCUCCUUUUUCCUGUAUGGGAUCUUUUUGUGUGGCUUACAUGCCACUCUUACACUCAACAGAAGCAAACAAAGCAUACACACUGCCAGAUCACUGGUGCACAGCAGCAGCUACACUUUGAACAACAGGGAAGAUGCAGAAAGAGAUGGACAAUACCUGCUGGGGAUAAAAAGAAUCAGAAGACUUUACUGUAACGUGGGCAUCGGCUUCCAUAUUCAGGUCCUACCAAAUGGAAAGAUAACAGGAGUACACAAUGAAAAUAAAUACAGCCUUAUAGAAAUUUCUCCUGUGGAAAGAGGAGUCGUGACCUUGUAUGGCGUGAGAAGUGGUCUGUUCAUCGCCAUGAGCAACAAGGGGAAACUCUAUGGUUCGGGAAGCUACAGAGAUGAAUGCAAGUUCAAGGAGAACCUCCUGGCCAACAACUACAAUGUCUACGAAUCAGCUGCCCAUCCUGGAAUGUACAUUGCUCUCAGCAAGAUUGGGAAAACCAAAAGAGGCAACCGUGUGACACCCACAAUGACUAUGACACACUUCCUUCCCCGGACAUAAUUAUAAAAAAAAAAAUGUCAACAGCACAGAGAUUCCAAAACAACUGUGAGAUUAGAGCUGGGGAUUCUCUAUAAUCCAAAAUAUGCAAGGACAUACUAAUAUUGUGCACUGUGAAUAAUUAAAGAUAUUUAAUGAUGAUGGAUUGGUUCACAUUCCCAAACUAAUGAGCUUUUGAUCUGAUACCAGGUAUCAGAUAACUUCAGUACUGUUAAAAAAAAAAAGUAGCUAGAAGAACCAUAUCACCCACUUUGUUUAAUUUGUCUUUGGUCCACCAGAAUAAGACUAAGCU